GUCUUUCCCCACCGGUCCACUGUUUCUGAGUUUCGGAAAAUCAAGCAGUGUGCUGAAGGAAAGGUUUAAACAACAAGAGUAUAUCCAGAGGACCAUGAGAGAUACCUGUGUAUACUUUGAAGAGAAGGACAAUUUGGAGGCUAUUUUCUAACCCUGUGAUGCUCACUGACAACGUUUCCAUGAAGAACACAUGAAAACGCACUGGCUGAACCCGACCCUUAAGUGACUCCACAGCUCUCUGGUCAUCUUCAAGACUACCCUGCCUCCUUCCAGCUUUGCACCCAUUCCAGCGGCUGUUCAGAGAUGAAAUGAAACUCGUCUCCUUCUCAAAGAUAGACUUCUGAGAGAGCUCUUUUGUCAUUUUCGAACAUUCAUUAACCAAGUCCAAGGAUUCAUUUUUUCUGUGUUUAUGGCUCUGUGAGAUUUCAGCCAUCCCCAGUAGUUCACAUCACUCUGAGCUCCCUGCAGCACCCUCCAUCUGCUACUGGUCGUUUUUUCUUUUUGGUUCCUGAGCCAGGAUGAAUGACGUCCAGGAUGGCACCUCCCCAGGGGCAGCCCUUGGUGGUCCUGCUGCCUGCGUGUCCAAAGUGGAGCUGCGUGUUGCCUGCAAGGCCCUGCUGGACAGAGACACACUGAACAAGUCUGAUCCAUGCGUCAUACUCAUGGUGCAAGCCCAGGGACAGUGGACAGAGUUUGACCGGACAGAGGUGAUCAAGAGCAACCUCCACCCGGUCUUUGCCAAGGUCUUCACCCUUGACUACUACUUUGAGGAGGUGCAGAAGCUGCGGUUUGAGGUUUACGACAUCCAUGGCACCCACAGUAUUGGCACCCGAGAUGACGACUUCCUCGGUGGUGUGGAGUGUACACUUGGCCAGAUCGUGGCCCAGAAGAAGAUCAUAAAGCCUUUAUUCCUGAAGUAUGGGAAGUAUGCUGGGAAAUCCACAAUCACAAAACCUUUAGAACAGAGUGGACAAGACCAGGCAGUAAUUCAGACUGGGGACGAAAGAACAUCAUCAAUUACUGUACAUGCUGAGGAAAUUUCUGGCAACAAUGGAUAUGUUGAACUGUUCUUCUGUGCAAAGAAACUGGAUGAUAAGGAUCUCUUCAGUAAGUCAGACCCGUUUUUGGAAAUAUAUCGAAUCAACGAUGAUGGGACUGAGCAGCUUGUUCACAGAACUGAGGUGAUCAAAAACAACCUGAACCCUGUGUGGGAGCCUUUUAAAGUAUCUCUCAUCUCUUUGUGCAGCUGUGACGAGGACAGAAAGCUCAAGUGCCUAGUCUGGGACUAUGACUCCAGGGGAAAACAUGACUUCAUCGGAGAGUUCUAUGCCACCUUCAGAGAAAUGCAAAAAAUUGGCAGUGGAAGCAAGGUCACAUGGGAUUGCAUGAAUCCAAAGUACAAACUAAGGAAGAAGAACUACAAAAACUCUGGGGUGGUCAUCCUCAGUGAACUUAAGCUUCACAGAGUGUAUUCCUUUCUGGACUACAUCAUGGGAGGAUGCCAAAUUCACUUUACAGUAGCCAUUGACUUCACAGCGUCCAACGGGGACCCUCGGAACAGCUGCUCCCUACACUACAUCAACCCAUACCAGCCCAAUGAGUAUCUGAAGGCUUUGAUAGCGGUGGGGGAGAUCUGUCAGGAUUAUGACAGUGACAAAAGAUUUUCUGCCUUGGGAUUUGGUGCCAGAAUUCCACCCAAUUAUGAGGUAUCUCAUGACUUUGCCAUCAAUUUCAACCCAGAGGACGAUGAAUGUGAAGAAAUCCAGGGGGUGGUGGAGGCCUACCAGAACUGCCUGCCUAAGAUUCAGCUGUAUGGCCCCACCAACGUCUCUCCCAUCAUCAGCAGGAUAGCCAAGCUUUCAGCAGGAGAAGCCACCGUAAAAGAAGCCUCGCGCUACCACAUCCUGCUGAUCCUUACGGACGGCGUGGUGACAGACAUGGCAGAUACACGUGAGGCCAUUGUACGCGCCUCCUACCAGCCUCUGUCCAUCAUCAUUGUUGGCGUGGGCAACGCAGACUUCACCGACAUGCAGAUCCUGGAUGGGGAUGAUGGGGUGCUCCGCUCACCCAAAGGAGAGCCAGUUCUCAGGGACAUCGUGCAGUUUGUGCCCUUCAGAGACUUUAAAACGGCCUCACCCGCAGCCUUGGCCAAGUGUGUCCUGGCGGAGGUGCCAAAACAGGUGGUGGAGUACUACAGCCACAAGGCCAUCUGCCCCAUGCCUCCCCUCCCGUCAUGUGACUUCCCUGCCUCCCUUGCCAACACCCCUACGGAAUAGCUGCCAGCAGUGGGAACCACCGCCUGACCAUGUCCCAGUCCAGCAGAGAGAGAUGGUGUGGAUGGCUGCUCCGGACUAAGGGCCACAGUCAUGUUGUGAUGAUUCCUUUUUCAUUCACACAGUGUUUACACUCCGACUGGAAACGUAUGACUUCGGAUUGUUUUUUGUUCUCUCCUUUGGAAUCAUGUCCCUCUGCACUGUAUCUGUCUGACUGUUCAGCAUCCUUAUCCUUUGUGUUCAGCGCGACACUGGCGCCUUCCUCAUCUUCCUCUCUGUUCAGCACAAUGCUGGAGCCUUCAUCCUUUUCAUUGCUGUUCAGCACGAUGCUGGAGCCUUCAUCCUUUUUUUCCUGUUUUGUGGAAUCCCUCUCAGAGUUUAUCACCUAUUGAUCACAACGCCCUUUGUUCCCCAUUGCAGUGAAACUGGCACCUCAGCAGUUUUUCUGUGCCUGCUAUGUCUCUCUAAGUUGCUUACUGUCUGAAGAGACUGCCAAUGGAAGGGAUGAUUGGAGGGGGAUGUUAACAUAUCAAACCACAUGCGUCUUUGAAUGUUGAGGAAAGAGAUUCAGGUAACACUUGAUUUGAGCAUUCUGACACGAUACCGACAUAGAUAACAAAGUCACAAAUAGUAAAUGCAAUCCUUUUGUAAUAUAUAUCUUACUUAACAAAGUGUCAUUGCUUAGUGGUUUAUUCCAGAUUUAGAUGAAGUGGUUUAUUCCAGAUGUGACAUAAAUCUAUGUUAUGCAAAUCUCAACAUCAGGUUUAUAAUAACAUUAUACUGGCAUUGUGACAGAUAAUUCAAAUAAAAUAUUACAGAGGAGUAUACAGAAGUAUACAAAGGUCUACAUUAAGAUUACUCAGCUUGUUGCCUCCUUAUGAAGCAUUACAUAGAGAUUUCACUUUUUCCAAAUCCUCCCCAGGUUACUUCUAUUUAUUUCAUCUGAGUCAAAUUAUAAAUAGGGCUAUUCCCUGUGUUGUUGUAUCACAAGGCUGUGUUAUAUUGUCUCAGUAACUUAUUAGUUAACCAUCCAUCGUACUGUAUUUCUCACGUGAAAAACCUCACUGCACUCUCUGGUAAUUUGAAUACUAUAUGGCGAAAUUAAAUGUUUUAUACUGUAUGAACUGCAAAUAUUAAGAGAGUUUUGGUCUGUGCAAUUUGACAUUAAUAAUGGUCAGAGAGGUGGGAAAAUGGCCGUGUAUUGUUUUUCCUCUAUUGACAUUUCUUUGUUAAUUAACACUUUGACUUAAUGAUUGUACAAAUCAAGGGUAAGAAGCAUGGCACACAAUGCCAUACACUUAAAGGGUUUGGCCCAGAUUCAUAUUUGGGUAAAAGUUCUCUUAUCCUGAGUUGUUCCUGAA